GGCCUCAGUCUCUCCUCUCCUUCGGGAGAACGGAAGGACGCCUGCAGCCUAUGUCAUCAUCAUUUGCAGUCUCAAGAAGUUGAUUCUCUUCUAUCACUGACAAAGUCGAUUCACCUGGCUUAUUCACAAAGGAGUCAUGGAUUCAUGCCUUCCCAGUUCAGUGGUCUUCUGUGGUUGGGAAGGAGUGCUCAAACUCUUUUGAAAGCUAAGGCACCACAAACUUUGAUCUUUCUUCAUUUAAUGUGAAGGGGAAGAGAAGCUGCUGAGAUUCUCUACAAACAUAAUCUGUGCUAAACCCUGUUGUUGGCCAAGGUCAAAUAUUUGGCUGCUGAUUGUAUUGACCAAUCCAAGGUCUUGUGCCCAAGGUACAGUGAGAAGAAACAAACUGAAAUGUUGGCGCUCUGAGCAGACAAAAGUUUAUUGCAAGGGUCAAGCAAGAAGUGCAGGAUGCUCAUGCCCAGAAGGCUGAAUUACCCAGUGGAUUUUGGGGGAGGAUUUUUAAAUGCAAGCUGAGGGAGAGAGUCCAGGGUACCUGAUUAGCUCAUGUGCUAUUGUCUGAUAGGUUGAUGUUGAGGAGCAGGAUAAUGUAGCAGGGGUUAUUAUCAUAAAUCCUUAGGUUCCAGUUUAUCAUGGUCAUCAUACAGUUAACUUUUCUCACCUGGUGGGCUUUUAAGCAUCUGCAAAAUAACUGAGGAAUGUGCACUAGACCCUGUUAUCUGUAGGCUUCAGGGAGGAACUAAAGAUUCUGUGACUGCUGCAUGGCUAAUCUAUUGAUAAAGUUUUUGUUAUUAUAUAUUCACAUUCUUCCAGUCAUCCUUGAGCCAGCCUUUUGUGACUCAGAGGAGGCCUGGGAGACUGAAGCUUUUCUACAAACAAGAGACAGGCGGUGGGGAUAGGGUCUAUCCCAGGAAGGUCCCUCAAGGUCCUGCUCCAUUCCAGUUGGAGACCUUCCCACAGCGCUCUUGUUUGGUCCUGAGGAGGGCAGCAUGCCCAGAGGGUGGGUUGCUAUCUCCUUCUGCCAGCUUUCUCCAGGUUUCCUCUGCAGCCCACGGGGAGCCUCUGAGCAGCAGAGGUGGGCGGGGCCUGAGCCUCCCGUCUCCACCUUCUGGUUGAGUGCUUGGACUCAGAGCAGGAACUUCUGCAGAGUUUGCAGCCAGGUGCUCUCCAGGGAGCUGGGCUGAUUGUGCCCCACAGUCAGCCUGCUGCCUUUAUCAAAGAGCUGGUAGCUUUGCCUCCCACCUGCGUGGGGCUUCUGGAAGCAUCUACCUGGGUGUUUCUUGGUCCUGCAGCCCCACUCGUGGUGCGCUGCCUCCAUCCUAUGCCUGUGGGAGCAGCUGCACAGAGUGGGUGCCUCAGAGGUGGUCCCUGGAGGCUGCUCAGUCCUGGGAGGUGGGACCUGGAGCAACCCGAGUUCCACUCUCAGAAGCAGGUGUUCUCAGGCUCCCACCCAGUGGACCUGCGAGGCAGCCAGUCUCCAGCAUCCCUGCCAGCACCUCCAGGAGCAGCAGGAGCCCCACUGCCUCCUAAGCAGGGCGAACUGAGUCCGUGUCCGCCUUGGCCGGCAAGAUGUUGCCUGUGUCCCCGGAGGUGAAGCCCAACCCUCUGCAGAAUGCUAACUUCUGCUCACGCCUGUUUGUCUGGUGGCUAAACCCCUUGUUUAAAAUGGGUUAUAAGCGGAAACUAGAACCAAAUGACAUGUACUCGGUGCUUCCGGAAGAUCGCUCCCAGCACCUCGGAGAAGAGCUGCAAGGGCACUGGAAUCAGGAAGUGGAGAGAGCUGAGAAAGAUGCACGGGAGCCUUCCUUAAUGAAAGCGAUCGUAAAGUGUUACUGGAAAUCCUAUUUAAUUUGGGGAAUGUUUGCAUUUCUUGAGGAAGGCACCAGAGUAGUUCAGCCCAUAUUUUUGGGGAAAAUAAUCAGUUAUGUUGAAAACUCUGAUUCCACUGAUUCUGUUACUUUGCAAGAGGCCUACGCCUAUGCCACAGUGCUGAGCGCCUGCGUGCUCAUGUGGGCCGUUCUACACCACUUGUACUUCUACCACAUGCAGCGCGUGGGGAUGAGGCUGAGAGUAGCCAUGUGCCAUAUGAUCUACCGCAAGGCCCUUCGCCUGAGUAGCUCAGCCAUGGGGAAGACCACCACAGGCCAGAUAGUCAAUCUUCUGUCCAAUGAUGUGAACAAGUUUGAUCAGGUAACAAUGUUCUUGCACUAUCUGUGGGUGGGACCACUGCAGGCUAUCAUCGUGACCGCCCUGCUCUGGAUGGAAAUAGGAAUGUCAUGUCUUGCUGGGAUGGCAAUUCUUGUUGUUAUUCUGCUUUUGCAAAGCUGCAUUUGGAAGUUGUUUUCAUCACUCUGGAGUAAGACCGCAGCUCUCACAGACAACAGGAUCCAGACCAUAAGUGAAAUUAUAACUGGCAUCAGAACAAUAAAAAUGUAUGCUUGGGAAAAGUCAUUUAUAGAUCUUAUUACCCGUUUGAGAAGGAAGGAAAUUUUCAAGAUUCUGAGAAGUUCCUUCUUUAGGGGCAUGCAUUUGGCAUUAUUUUUCGCUGUAAGCAAAAUCAUGAUUUUUGUCACCUUCAUGGCCAAUGAUAUCCUUGACAACCUGAUCACAGCCAGCCAAGUAUUUGUGGUGGUGAUGCUGUUCGAGGCUCUGCGGUUUACGAGCAUCCUCUACUUCCCCAUGGCCGUUGAGAAGGUGUCAGAGGCCGUUGUCAGCAUCCGAAGAAUCAAGAACUUUCUGUUACUUGAUGAGAUAUCACAGUGCUACCCUCAGCUGCCAUCAGAUGGCGAAAUGAUAGUGGAUGUGCAAGACUUUACAGCUUUUUGGGAAAAGGAAUCAGGAACCCCAACCCUACAAGGCCUUUCAUUUACUGUCAGACCUGGUGAAUUGCUAGCUGUGAUUGGACCUGUGGGAACAGGAAAGUCAUCACUGUUAAGCGCUGUGCUGGGGGAGCUGCCCCCGAGCCAGGGGAAGGUCAGCGUGCACGGGAGGAUCGCGUAUGUUUCUCAGCAGCCCUGGGUAUUCUCAGGAACUGUGAGGAGUAACAUUUUAUUUGGGAAGAAAUAUGAAAAAGAGCGAUAUGAAGAAGUAAUUAGGGCUUGUGCUUUAGAAGAGGAUUUACAGUCUUUUGAGGAUAGAGAUCUAACUGAGAUAGGAGACAGAGGAACCACACUGAGUGGAGGGCAGAAAGCCCGAAUCAACCUUGCAAGAGCCGUGUAUCAGGACGCAGACAUCUACCUCCUAGACGAUCCGCUCAGUGCAGUGGAUGCAGAAGUCAGCAGACACUUGUUCGACCAGUGUAUUUGUCAAAUCUUGAGUGAGAAGAUCACAAUUCUAGUGACGCAUCACUUGCAAUACCUAGAAGAUGCAACUCAGAUUCUGAUACUGAAAGAUGGCAGAAUGGUGCAAAAGGGAAUUUAUGCUGAAUUUCCAAAACCUGGGAUAGAUUUUGAAGAUAUCCUUUUGAAAAAUGAGGAUGAGGAGGCUGAACCAUCUUCAGGUCCAGGAACUCCCACUCUGAGGAAUUGGUCCUCCUCUGAGUGUUCAGUUCAGUCACUACAGUCUUCGAGCCCCUCAUUGAAAGAUGCAACUCCAGAAGACAAAGAUACUGAGAAUAUACAGGCUAUACCAUCACUGGAGAGCUGUUCGAUAGGAAUGGUUGGUUUUAAGAUCUACAAAAAUUGCUUCAGAGCUGGUGCUCACUGGUUGAUCAUCGUUUUCCUUAUUCUAAUAAAUGUUGCAGCUCAGGUUGCCUAUGUCCUGCAAGAUUGGUGGCUUGCAGACUGGGCGAAUGAAAAGAGUACCCUAUAUGCCAUGGUCUUUGGACAAGGAAACAUGAUUGUGAUGCCUGAUCCUGACUGGUACUUAGGAACUUAUUCAGGUUUAAUGGUAGCUACCGGCCUUUUCAGCAUCACGAGAUCUCUGUUGUUAAUAUACGUCCUUGUUAAUUCUUCACAAACUUUGCACAAUGAAAUGUUGGAGUCCAUUUUGAAAGCUCCAGUAUUGUUCUUUGAUAGAAAUCCAAUAGGAAGAAUUUUAAAUCGUUUCUCCAAAGACACCGGGCAUAUGGAUGACUCGCUGCCCUUGACAUUUCUUGAUUUCAUCCAGAUGUUUAUAUUGAUGACUGGUAUCGCAGGUGUGAUGGUGGGUGUGAUUCCUUGGAUUGCAAUACCCGUGAUUCCCCUUAGCAUCAUUUUCUUCCUCCUUCGGAUAUAUUUCUUAUGGACGUAUGGAGAUAUCAAACGCCUGGAAUGUACAACUCGGAGCCCGGUAUUUUCCCACUUAGCAUCUUCUCUCCAAGGACUCUGGAGCAUCCGGGCGUACAAAGCUGAACAGAGGUUUCAGGAAGUGUUUGAUGCACACCAGGAUUUACACUCAGAGGCUUGGUUCUUACUUUUGACCACAUUUCAAUGGUUCGCCGUGCGUCUGGAUAUCAUCUGUGCCGUCUUUUUCAUUGUCAUUUGUUUUGGGUCCCUGAUGCUGGCAAAAACUUUGAAUCCAGGGCAGUUUGGCCUAGUGCUUUCUCUUGCCCUCACGUUCACGUGGAUAUUCCAGUGGUGCACCAGGCAAAGUGCUGAAGUUGAGAAAAUGAUGGUGUCAGCAGAAAGGGUGGUUGAAUAUAUGGAGCUUGAGAAAGAAGCACCCUGGGAAUACGAGUAUCGUCCGCCACUGGACUGGCCCCAUGAAGGAGAGCUUGCCUUUGAGAAUGUGAACUUCAGGCACACCUUAGAUGGGCCUCUGGUAUUGAAGGACCUGACAGAAUGCACUGAAUCAAAAGAAAAGACGGGCAUUGUGGGAAGAACAGGAGCUGGAAAAAGUUCCCUCAUUGCUGCGCUUUUUAGAUUGUCAGAACCCAAAGGCGGCAUUUGGAUUGAUAAUAUCUCAACAACCAGUAUUGGACUUCACCAUUUAAGGAAGAAAAUGUCAGUUGUACCUCAGGAAGCUGUUUUAUUCACUGGGACCAUGAGGAAAAAUCUGGAUCCCUUUGAUGAGCAUACAAAUGAGGAGUUGUGGAAUGCCUUAGAAGAGGUACGACUUAAAGAAACCAUUGAAAGUCUUCCUGGUAAGAUGGAUACUGAAUUAGUAGAAUCAGGAUCAAACUUGAGUGUUGGACAGAGACAACUGCUGUGCCUUGCCAGGGGUAUUCUCAGAAAAAAUCAAAUACUGAUUAUUGACAAUGCCACAUCAUAUGUGGAUCCAAGAACUGAUGAGUUAAUACAAAAAAACAUUCGUGAGAAAUUUUCCCAGUGCACUGUGCUGACCAUCACCCACAGGUUGAGCACCAUUAUUGACAGCGAAUGGAUAAUGGUUUGGGAUUCAGGGAGACUGGAUGAUUAUGAUGAGCCAUAUUGCAUGUUGCAAGAUAGAUACAGCCUGCUUUACAAGAUGGUGCAACAACUGGGUGAAGCUGAGGCCACUGUUCUCACUGAAAGGGCAAAACAGGUGCAUCUCUAAAGAUAUCACUCACAGUGACCAUGUGAUUAUGAACACUUACAGUGGACAGCCUUCAGUCUUAAAAAUUUUUGAGUCAACACUGUGAUUCUACCAUGAGGUCAAGUCUAUCCCAAAGGCAUCUUUCCAACAGGUUUUACACUGUAUAAACUAUGUUGUACUUUUUUUUAUACCAAGAAAUAUUUAUACACACAAGAUGUUAGUUUAUCUAUCUUUUCCCCUCCAACUUCACCAACUGAUUCCAAGCUCUUACAAAAUGAUUUAUUAUUUUUAUUUUUAUGUUAUACUAUUUUCUUCUCCAAAUCAGAGGUUCAGGCCACCAGUAAAAGCUGUCUACCAGGUUUUCUGCCUUAAGAGACUCCAGAGCCAAAGCUCAUUUUCUAAUGUGCAAGAAAAAGUUGUCACAGAUUUUUUUUUUAUAUUGUUCCCCAAAUUACCUACUACUUUCCAGUCAUGUCAGGGCUUCAGCUUACUUGAAGACUAGUGUGAAGUAGCUGUUUUGUGUCACCAUUUCCUUUAAUAUAACUAGAACUCAUUAUUCUACCCAAAGAUCUCUACUUAAAACACUACAGAGAAAACUAAUAGGAAAAACAAAAAUAUAUUGUAGUUUAAGUGAAUUAUGGGAGAGGAAGGUGUCCCCCGCUCCAAAAAAAAAAAAAAAAUGAUACAUGAUUAAAAUAUAGAAGGACAAUAUUAUGUGUUCUAAAAGAGAAGGAAGAGAAAAUAUCCUUUCUCAAAAUAGAAGGCCUUCUAGGGGAUUUGAGAAUGAAGGACAGAUGUAUGAUCUAUUGUCUUCUAGACAGAUAAUUUUAUUUUAUUUUUUAACUUUUUUUAUUGUGGUAAAAUGUGUAACAUAAAAUUUGCCAUAAAGUCACUUUUAAGCAUACAGUUCAGUGGUGUUAAUCACAUUCACAGUAUUGUGCAGCCAUCAAUGUUUACUUUAUUUUUGGUAAUUAUGUUAGUACUGUUCAUUUUGUUAUUUGUACAGAGUCAUUUUUGGUAAGUUUUAUUUCUCUAGAGGUAGAUCUAUUUCCUGUGAGUUUUGAACUUAACUUGCAUAAAGUUACUCCCUAUAUCUAUAUGUUUAAACUCUGCAGCAUCUAUAAUUGUGUUCUUUCUUUUUUUCUUUUUAAUUUUCUUUUGAGCCUUUUUUUAAAAUGAGUAAUAUUACAUAACUUUUUCCUAUUUUAAAGAAUCACAUUUUUUGCUGAAUUGAUAUUUCCUGUUUUCUUUUCUACUUCAUAUUAUUCUGUCUUUCCUUCAACUUUUCAUUUAUUUUGAGAUUUAUUUCCUAAAAUUCUUAAAUUGGAAAUUUAGAUCAACUUUUAACUUAAUCAUUUUUCUAGUGUAAGUACAUUAGCUACUUUUUCUUUUUUUACCCUAAGGCCCACUUAACUAUAACCUACAAGUUUGGAUACUAGCACUGAUCAAUAACCAUACCAUUAAGUAUUUUCUAAUAUCUAAUUGAAUUCAUUAUUUAUAUCUUUUAUGCAUGAGUUAUUCAUAAGGGUAAUAUUCUCUAAAUUUCAAGUGCUAAUGGAUUUUUUUCUAUUAGACUGAACCAUGUAUAACCACUAACAUUCAAUCCUUUUUUUCACCUAUAUAAUAACAUUUUCAUAUGGUUCAAAAUAAUAAUUUUAUUUUGUUAUUAACAUAACAAUUUCUACACUUGAAUUAGUCAGACAACAUUCAAUUGAGGAUUUUAAACCAAAGGUAACCAUGUUUACAUACAAAGUUCCUGUUUGCACCACUUGUAUUUUAUUUUGGAAUUUAAAAGUGUUAAAAGUAUGUAUAUAAUCAGUAAAGUUCAAAUAAAAAUC